AUGGUGGACAAGCCUCCCCAAGUCAAAGAUGUGGACGAUCGUUCAUCCAUAGAGGGAUUCUCCCACCAUGCAGAGAAUAUCUUGAACGAAAGAGAGCCGUACGGGCCUGCCGGUCUGGCAGGUCUAGUGGCCAACCCAUUUGUGCUCAUGUGCGCAGCCUGCUCCACGCUCGGAGGGUUAGUCUUUGGCUACGACCAAGGUGUGGUGUCGGUCAUUCUGGUAAUGGAUCAAUUCCUUGAACGGUUCCCCGAAGUGUCGCCCGAGGCAUCGGGAUUUUGGAAGGGAUUGAUGACGGCAAUGAUCGAGUUGGGCGCAUUGAUAGGGGCUCUGAACCAGGGUUGGAUUGCGGAUAUGAUCUCGCGUCGCUAUUCAAUUGUUGUCGCCGUCAUUAUUUUCACAAUCGGAUCGAUCCUUCAAACGGCUGCAAUGGAUUAUGCUAUGCUGACUGUUGCUCGGUUCAUUGGCGGUCUGGGUAUUGGCAUGCUUUCGAUGGUGGCACCGUUGUACAUCUCCGAGAUCAGUCCUCCCGAGUGUCGUGGCACCCUUCUUGUGCUUGAAGAAUUCUGCAUCGUGCUCGGCAUUGUCAUCGCCUAUUGGAUUACCUAUGGCACUCGGUUCAUGGCUGGAGAGUGGUCCUGGCGUCUCCCUUUUCUUCUUCAGAUGAUCCCGGGCUUCGUUCUGGUUGGGGGUGUUAUUGUGCUGCCUUUCUCUCCUAGAUGGCUGGCCUCCAAAAAUCGGAACGAAGAGGCACUCGAGAGUCUUUCUAGACUUCGGCGCUUGCCGACAUCUGACAAGCGCGUGCGCCAGGAAUACCUCGACAUUCAAGCCGAAGUGCGAUUCCACCAGGAAAUGAACGCCGAGAAGCACCCCGACCUUCAGGGUGGCGGACUGCGAAAGUCCUUCCUGCUCGAAAUGGCCUCUUGGACGGAUCUAUUCAAGAAAGGCUGCUGGCGAAGAACCCACGUUGGUGUUGGACUGAUGUUCUUCCAGCAGUUCGUCGGAAUCAACGCUCUCAUCUACUACUCUCCCACACUAUUUGAAACCAUGGGCCUAGAUUACGACAUGCAGCUCCUAAUGUCUGGUAUUCUCAACGUGACGCAGUUGGUCGGAGUCGCCACGACAGUAUGGACCAUGGACCGCUUCGGCAGACGCAGUCUGUUGCUUUGGGGCGCGUUGUUCAUGACUCUCUCCCACGUCAUCAUCGCCGUCUUGGUCGGCCUUUUCUCGAACAACUGGCCGGCCCAUCGACCUCAAGGCUGGGCCAGCGUGGCCCUGCUGCUCUUCUACAUGAUCUCGUUCGGCGCCAGUUGGGGCCCAGUAGGAUGGGCCAUGCCAUCAGAAAUCUUCCCCUCCUCCCUCCGCGCCAAAGGCGUCGCCCUCUCAACCUGCUCGAACUGGCUCAACAACUUCAUCAUCGGCCUCAUCACCCCUCCACUCGUCCAAAACACCGGUUUCGGCGCAUACACCUUCUUCGCCGUCUUCUGUCUCCUCUCGCUCGUCUGGACGUUCGUCUUCGUGCCUGAAACGAGGGGCCGCACGCUCGAACAAAUGGACCACGUCUUCAAGGAUAACUCGAGCGAAUCAGAACAGGCUCGCAGACAUGCUAUUGAAGUCGAGGUAUUGAGGGCUGAGCAGCAGCAUCAACUUGAGCGGGAUGAGGCGUAG